AAAAAAAAGCAAGCAGAGCAUAGCGACCUGGAGGAACUUUCCCGGCGACAAUUGUUUCCGACGACGACAACGAUCACGCGCGCGUUUUUCAUAGAGUCGCUGUCGCCAUGUUUUUCGUGAAGCCGAGACCGAAGAAGAGCAUACUGCCACCGCCAAGCAAAAAGAGGAAAACUGUAUCGGCCGUCGAGGAAGUUGCGUUCGACAAUGACGCUCGCCAUGAGUUUCUCACAGGCUUCCACAAGCGGAAGCAGCAGCGGAUAAAGUUUGCGCAAGAGCAGGCAGCAAAACAAGCGCGGCAGGAAAAGCUGGAAGCCCGUAAACAGAUGCGCGAGGAGCGCAAGCGCGAGGUUGAGCAACACGUCGAAACCGUGAACCGACUGCUUAGAGAGUCUGGAGCCGUGGUUGACCCCAUCGAGGCGGAGUCUGACGAAGAGGAAGCGUCGGAUGAAUGGGACGGCAUUCCUGACAAGCCCGACUUCAACAUUGUCGACCACGAGGAGGAAUACGUCGACGAGGAUCGCUAUACGACCGUGACGAUUGAGUCUGUCUCCGUGUCCCGGGAUGGACUAAGCAAACCACAACUAGAGGAUGAUGAAGAACGAGGCGACAAUGACAAGGACGACGACGAAGGGGAUCAAGGCAAAGCGGAGAACAAAGAAUCGAGCAGGCCUAAGAAGAAGAAGAAGAAAUUCCGAUACGAGACCAAAAUUGAGCGCCAGCUGACGGAGAGGAAACAUCGGGCCAAGUCAAAAAAAUACUGAUCAAGAGAAGGAUACGAGGACGGCAACUUCACAGCGCGGUUUGGAACCAGAUACCCCCAGAAAAGGCAGCUCAUUUAGCUAGAAAUGCGACGCAGUAUUCGGGCCAGAC